UUUAGUUGCACUUCAAUGUGUGUUUGAGUAGAGAGGAAUUGAGUCAUUACACAAGGAACUACAUCGAUGGAAACAAAAAGAAAACGAACAGUCCCCUGCAGUUUUAUUAAACUGUUUUGCUAAUUGGUAACUAAACUAUCAGGCACUACUUAUUUGAAAGGCUUUCAAAAUCUGACAAGGAAUCAACGGUAAACAAUAUGGCUGCUACCACCUGCUGGUUACAGUUGGCAUCAUUGUUCCUGUGUCACUUCCUGGUCAUAAAUACCUCAUGUACCUUAUGGAUGCCAUGUGACAUUAAGGUGGUCAAUACUUCCAAAACCACUAAUGACAUCAUCUUCAAUUGUGAGGAGCGUCAACUGAGAAAUGUACCCGUUGGCAUCACCAGGAAUGUGACUGUGCUGGACCUAUCAGAAAACAACAUCCAGAAUGUAUCUUUUGGUGCAUUUUCUAAUCUGGAGAACCUGACCGUUCUCAAUCUCAACUGGGUCAACCAGAACCAUAUAAGUCACAUUGCCGAAGGUGCCUUCAAAAAUCUGACAAACCUGCAGGACCUAAGGCUUAAUGGAAAUGGCCUCAUUGAAAUUCCACAAAACCUCCCACUCAGCCUGGAAAAACUCAUGCUGGACAAUAACAAAAUCAAUUUCUUGAAUAUGAGCAACCUCUCUGGUAUAACACAUGUGAAGGAGCUUUUCUUAUCCAAAAACUGCUACUACUGGAAUCCUUGUGAGAAUAAUUUUACUAUAGGAAACGGCACAUUCGCAGCAUUGAUUAACUUAGAAGUUUUGACGUUGGCCUUUAAUAAUUUAACUCAAGUUCCAAAAGAACUUCCAAGCUCUUUAAAAACAUUACGGCUUGAAUCUAACAAGAUACAGUAUAUUGAUAAGGAUGAUUUCCAUGGACUAACCCAUCUAGAAACCCUUGAAUUACAGGGAAACUGUCCACGAUGCUCCAAUGCUCCAUUUCCGUGUGUCCCCUGUCCCAAAAUUUACCUAGAUAUUCAUCCUCAUGCAUUUCAUGGCCUUACAGAGUUACAGACACUGCACCUAGCAGGGAACUCACUCGGUUGUAUCAAUAACUCCUGGUUUGAGAGUUUAAACAAUCUUAAACAACUGUUCCUCUCUUAUAAUUUCUUGUCUAAGGCUAUGACUGAAGGAAAUUUUUUUAGCUAUCUACCAAAGCUAGAAGUUAUGGAUUUUUCAUUCAAUUAUGAUUUGUUAGCUUACCCUGACACCCUACUGCUUUCAAGACAGUUUUCUAAAUUGGUGUCACUUAGAACAUUACAUAUAGCAGGUUAUGUUUUUAAAGAAAUCCAGUCAGAUACUCUCAGCCCUCUCCAUCAUCUAAAAAAUCUGUCAGCGUUAAACAUGGGAAUUAAUUUCAUUGUUCGCUCUAAUUCUACCAUAUUCAGAAAAUUCUCACACUUGAAACUAAUAUACCUCGCAGAAAAUAGGCUGUAUCCAGUUUCAGUGAGCGAUUCACCAGGCCGUGUCUUAGGAAGCAAUUCAAAGCCGGCGCUGCACAAGUCACCUCUCACUAGUCACUAUUCACAUUCAAAGGAUUUUUCCUUUGAGUUAAAACACGGCCUUGUGAAACAAGAGUGCUUUGACUCUGGUCGAGUGCUGGUCCUUAGUUCAAAUAAUAUCUUCUUCAUUUCUCCAAAGCAAUUUGAGGGCUAUGGUGACAUUGCAUGUCUGAACCUAUCAAGAAAUGGAUUUUCUGCAGCACUGAAUGGGACAGAGUUCACGACGUUACCAGCCCUAACAUAUCUGGACCUGUCGUUUAACAAGAUUGACCUGGCCUAUGACAAUGCAUUUAAGGAAUUACACAAACUACAAGUAUUAGAUCUAAGCUACAACAGCCACUAUUUUGGAGUGUCAGGUGUGACACAUAAUUUAAAUUUUUUGACAAAUCUACCAGCUUUGAAAGUACUGAAUAUGUCAAACAAUAACAUUUUUACAUUAACAACUAAGCAGAUGACAAGCGCAUCUUUGAAAGAGCUUCAAUUUCAACACAAUUUGUUGGCCACAUUAUGGAAAGAGAGGGACGGCUCAUACAACAGCCUUUUUAAAAACCUGGUGAAUUUAACCUAUCUGGAUAUAUCAUUCAACAGCAUUGAGAAGAUUCCAUCAACAGUCUAUGAAAACUUACCGUAUACCCUUCAGAAACUAUGCAUGAGUCAUAAUUUACUCACCCAUUUCGAUUGGGAUAAACUGGCUAGUUUCCAACAACUGAAUAGUCUGGAUCUAAGCUUUAAUUCUUUAUAUCACAUGUCAGCAAAUCUCUCAAACUUCACAAAUGCACUUCAGAUGCUUGACUUGAGCUACAAUCAGAUUUGUCAACUCUCUGAUGGAUUUUUUAAAGGUGCCCAAAACCUUCAGAUACUUGACCUCAGCCACAACCAACUGACCAUCGUCAACGAGACCACCGUCCUAUCAGGCUCUGAAAACUACAUGAAAACCUUGUUCUUGCAAGGUAAUCCAUUCCAGUGUACCUGUGACUUAUUAGACUUCAUCCAGUGGAUUAUGCAUAACACAGACGUCGAGAUCCCCAGACUGGCCACUGAGUUGAUCUGCAACAUGCCAGCCAAAACGAGAGGACAACCAGUGAUACUGUUUGACAUUAAAGAAUGCGUCAAUGACAGCAACGCCUUCCUGAAGUACUCCCUCUCUGCUUCCUUGAUCAUACUCACCAUGGCCAUCACCAUGGCAGCUCAUGUGUUUUAUUGGGAUGCUUCCUAUAUUCUAUACUACCUGAGGGCGAAGCUGAAGGGCUACCAUUCCUUUGGGUCCACAACAACAGACAAUCUCUAUGAUGCCUUUGUUACCUACGACACCAGAGACUUGUUGGUGACAGACUGGGUACUGAACCAACUGCGGGUGCAGCUGGAGGAGAGGCAGGAGGAGAGGCAGGAGAAACACCUGCCUCUCUGUCUGGAGGAGCGAGACUGGGUCCCAGGGGUCCCCCUGAUAGACAACCUCUCCCACAGCAUCCGACAGAGCCGCAAGACCGUUUUUGUGCUGACCGAGGCAUAUGUCAGGACCGGCACCUUCAGGAUGGCUAUGUACUUGGCCCACCAGAGGCUGCUGGAUGAAAACAUGGACGUGAUUGUGCUGGUUCUCCUGGAACCUGUACUGCAGCACUCUCACUUCCUCCGUCUGCGGCGGCGUCUGUGUGGGAAGAGUGUUCUGGAAUGGACCCGGACUGCAGCCGCAGAGCCCUGGUUCUGGCAGUGCCUGAGGAACGCUGUCAGGUUAGACAACCAGGUGAUGUACAACCAGAUGUACUCCAGGUACUUCACCAAUAAGUAGAGCACAUGCCAGACCAGAGACUCAAGAGGGAGGUAGCUUUCUCACACAAAUAGACUAAGCAGUUAAACACAACAACUGCAAUCCCUUUUUACAAGCGCUUAUUAUAUCAUUUUGUCUAACUCUGCACUGAACAAUAUGGAUGAUUCUGUACAUCUGAAAUCAGCAACACGUAAAGAAAUGUUCUAUUCAUUGCUUUAAUGCCAAAGACUAUGGCCACCAGUUAUUAUACUUGUGGUUCAAAUUUUCAGUUUGAUAUGGUGGUUAGUGGUUAGUGGGUGGUUCUAAACUGAAUUUUCAAAGGUUUUUGCUAAUAUGUUGAAACUUCAUGCCAUUUGUAAGUAGAUAUCUGAUUUUAAAAAAUGAUAAUAUUGGAGCAGUCCGUCUGUGGGCAUCUGUCUUUAUGGGAUAACAGUCAAAUUAAUGUUUCAUUAGGCUCAGAUGGGGGGAAUCUGGGGCUGUGGUGUCAGCCGUUCAGUGGCACUUAUGGUAUGUGACAAUAAAAACAUUAUUUUUAUUUAUUUUUUAGCUGGCCUACAUUUAUUGAAUUGAACUGAAAUUGUUAUAACUCAUUGUUUUAUUAUAUGAAUUAUCAUUUCAAAAGAUCACAAAUUCAAAACAUUGUAUAGGGAACUACGCAGACAGUCACAGCCCCAGUGUGCCUUACGAUCAUGCAUUAUCUAAAAUGCAUUAUCUAAAAUGUAAUCAACUAGUAGUCCUACUAUGUUUCUAAUGCAAACCAAUGAAGUCAGGGUUACCAUCUGAUGUAAUACUGUGUUAAUCCACAGGAUGUCAUUAUUGACACAAUCACGAAGAGUUACCGGUGACAGUGGACUGGUUUGGCGUUGACAGCAAUGCUCUGAAAUGGUGCCCUAAAUCAUAUCAGAUAAAAAGUCGUUGUCCAGUACGAUAAACAAAUAAAACAAUAUAUAUUAUUUAUGCUCUCUCUCGCUUGUGAAGAUUACGUAAUAUAUAUUUUCCCCAACCAAGUUGUGCAAGAGAGUGAAGGGACGUGACGUCAUGCUGUAAAUUAGCAUAUUGCGGAGUAUAAUAGACUUUGAUUGACCAGCCCGCCUUCACUUGUGCUCUGCGCCAUCUGGAUUGAGACUCAUCUGUAUCCAAUACA